AUGGACAGUAUUAAGUUUAAAGUGAACGGCGUCGACCAAUGCGUUGCUGGUGAAGUGAGUUCGGACGUGACAUUAUUGGAAUACCUUCGUAGAUGGAUAGAGCUGCGAGGGACCAAGUACAUGUGCCUGGAGGCUGGAUGCGGAGCCUGCAUCGUCAGUGUCGUCAAGUCUCCCGGAGCGCCACCGGAGGGUGUCAAUGCUUGCAUGGUUACUGUCACGUCGUGUCACGGCUGGGAAAUCACUACGAUAGAGAAGAUCGGCAACAGAUCGGACGGGUACCAUCCUCUACAGAGAUCCCUGUUUGAAAACAACGGCUCUCAGUGCGGAUACUGCAGCCCUGGAUGGGUCAUGGCUAUGUACAGUCUUUUGAAAAAGAAAAAGAUGACGAUGCUCGAAAUAGAAACGUCUUUAGGCAGCAACGUCUGCAGAUGUACUGGUUAUCGACCGAUCUUGGAAGCGUUUAAGAAGUUCGCAACCGAUGCCCCUGAUCCCCGCAUUCUCGAUAUAGAAGACUUGAGUAUCUGUAAGAAAGGCGGCGAACGAUGCUCUAGUGAUUGCGAUGACUACGAUUGGUGUAUUGUAUCCAGGGAUGACGUUCAAUCCGGCGUAAUGCAUAUUAAACUGAGUGAUGACAGGGACUGGUACAGGGUAAACGAUAUCAAGGACAUAUUUAAUGUGUUAGCUUUGCAUAAGAACAAAUCCUAUAUGCUGGUAGCUGGCAACACUGCUAAAGGUGUUUAUCCGAUACUUGAGUACCCUCGGGUGUUAAUAGAUGUGUCGUCGGUGGCAGCUCUCAAAGGAAAGUACAUUCAACAAAACCUAGUCAUCGGAGCUGGAAACACCCUCACAGAGCUGACAGAAAUCUUCGAGUCAAUGCGUAAGAGAGAUGACUUUGAAUAUCUGAAAGUCUUUGUGGACCAUUUGAAGCUGGUUGCAAGUAUUCCUGUUAAGAACAUUGGAACGAUAGCCGGCAAUUUAAUGAUAAAGAAUAAACACAAUGAAUUCGUUUCGGAUUUAUUUCUCCUUCUGAAUACAGUUGGCGCAGAGAUAAGCAUUGUCAAUGAAAACGGCUUCACGAAAAAAGUGAACAUGGAAACGUUUUUGAAAGAAGACAUGGACAGGAAAGUGUUACUAAAUAUUUUGUUACCACCACUCAACGAAGAUUUUGUCAAAAUAGUUACUUUUAAGAUAAUGCCUCGAUCGCAGAACGCGAAGGCUAUCGUCCACGCCGGCUUCUUCUACAAGCUCAGUCAGUACAAUAGAGUUCUACAAUGUAGGAUCGCUUACGGCGGUCUUUCGGGAGUUUUCUUCAGGGCGAGAAAGACGGAGAAAUAUCUCACUGGAAGAAAGCUGUUCGACAAUGAUACUUUGCAAGGAGCCGUGCGUCAGUUGGACCAAGAGAUGGUGGUGGUGGAAAAUCCUCCCGACAUGUCAGUGGCGUAUAGACGAAAGCUUGCCUUGGGUUUAUUCUAUAAGGGUCUUUUAUCGAUAUGUCCUCAAGAUAUUCUAGACCAGCGGUAUAAGUCUGGCGUGGUGAGACUUCGGGAAUCGAGAACUUUAUCGAGCGGAGAACAAAGUUUCGACACGAACCCGUCUAUUUGGCCGCUCAACCAGCCUUCCCCAAAAUUUGACGGACUGGUACAAUGCGCUGGCGAAGCACAUUAUUCGGAAGAUGUUCCCUCGCUUCCGAGGGAAGUGUUCGCUACUUUCGUUCUGGCAACUGUUGGCUUAGGCACGAUUGAAAAUAUUGACGCUAGUGUCGCAUUGAACGAACCCGGUGUAAUCGCCUUCUAUUCUGCAAAAGAUAUCCCGGGCGAGAAUACCUUUACUCCGGCCGGUACUACGUUUUACACGGCUAACGAAGAACUUCUCUGCGAGAAGGAAGUGAAAUUCUACAACCAGCCUCUAGGCAUAAUCGUCGCCCAAACGCAAAAGAUAGCGGAAAGAGCUGCGACAUUAGUCGAAGUGACAUACUCAAAAAUUAGGAAGCCCGUGCUGGAUAUUAAAGUCACCAAACACGAUCCGAAGAGAAUCAAGCUGUUCAGUUCUUCGAAAGCGACGCGGACGGGUGAUGAUGUAGCCAAAGUGAUAAAGGGCGAAAUGUCAGCGUACACUCAGUACCAUUUUUGCAUGGAGACGUUAGUUUGCGUCUCCCAUCCGACAGAGGAAGGAAUCAAGUUAUAUUCCGCGACGCAGUGGAUAGAUGUAGUACAGCGCAUGGUUUCUAGAGUGUUGAAGAUACAGCAAAACAAGGUAGACGUGUUUUUGCGCCGGCUCGGUGGGGCAUAUGGCAUGAAGAUAUCGCGAGGAACCCAGUUGUCCAUCGCUUGCGCUUUCGUGACGCACAAGCUAAACACACCGUGUCGAUUCAUCCAAUCCCUCAGUAAUAACAUGAGAUACGUGGGCAAAAGAUUUCCUUCUUCUAUAACUUUUGAGACGGCGGUUAAUAAGGACGGUGUUAUACAAAGCAACGAUUACGAGUUAUUCGAGGAUAACGGAUAUGUUGUGGACGAGCCCUUAGCAAUGUUGGCGUCCGACGCUUUCAACAAUUGCUAUGACAAGGCGCCGUGGGAUUUCCGAUUGUACGACGCUACAACAGACACGCCCUCUAACACUUGGUGCAGAUCGCCGGGUUCUUUUGAAGCAGUUUCCAUGUCGGAAUUAUUCAUGGAAAGAAUAUCUUACGAAAUGAACUUGGAUCCGCUUAAAGUGCGUUUAGCUAAUAUAGAUCGGGAAAACCACAGUGAAAUACUUGAACUAAUAAACACACUGAAAGAAAAAUCUAAUUAUGAAGCGAGACGGCUCGAAGUGGAAAAGUUCAAUGUGGAUAAUCGAUGGAAGAAGCGUGGCUUGAGGCAUUCCCUCCUAAGAUGGACACCGGUCGGAUCGCUGUAUCUGCCCGUAAACAUUGCCGUAUACGUCGACGGUUCGGUGGUCGUGACUCACGGUGGGGUGGAAAUGGGACAAGGACUAAACACAAAGGCGGCGCAGAUUUGCGCAUAUUACUUUGGUAUAUCCGUAGAGAAAGUACAAGUGAAACCGAACGACACCACGAUCUCACCGAAUAGCUUCACAUCAGGCGGUAGCCUUACAUGCCAAUUCGUGGGAGUCGGUAUAAUGAAAGGUUGCAACAAGUUUCUUGAGAAACUGGAGCCGAUCAAAAAGAAGAAUCCUAACGCUACGUGGGAGGAACUCAUCAAAGCGGCUGCUGUCGCUGAAGUCGAUUUGCAGACGCACUCUAUGACGGGCAUGGCAGACAUACGAAACUACAAUAUUUACGGCGCCACCUGCGCCGAAGUAGAAGUGGACGUAUUGACCGGAGAGUGGAAUAUUAUAAGGGUCGACCUAAUAGAGGACGUGGGGAGGAGUGUGAAUCCUGUCGUAGACGUUGGACAGGUCGAAGGUGCCUUUAUCAUGGGCUGCGGGUACUGGACGAGCGAGGAGUUGAUUUGCGACCCGAAAACCGGUGAAGUCCUGACCGAUCGAACUUGGACCUACUGGGUACCGCAGGCGAGAGAUAUACCCCAGGAUUUUAGGAUAUAUUUCAGGAAGAAAUCAUUUAGCACUGAAUAUAUAUUAGGAGCAAAAGGGACCGGUGAGCCUGCGACUUGCAUGGGAGUGGUGAUACCAAUAACAAUGAGGGAAGCUAUCGUCGACGCCAGGAAAGAGUCGGGACUGGCCAGUGACGUUUGGUUUCCGAUAGAUGGCCCAUACACAGUGGAGAAAAUUUGUCUAGCUUGCGAAACUGAUGUAAUAGAUUUUAAAUUUUAUUAA